GGGAGCUGUCGCCUCCGCUCCAGUUCCCGGUGAGCCUCGCUCUCGGUGGCAGCUGUUAGCGUGUCACCCUGGUGUCUGCGCGAGGCGGAGCUGGGCCAGGGGAGGUCGCCCCGAGGGAGUGGAAGGCCGGGAUUUCUCCACCUGGACCGCGCUCUCCUGUCUAGCUGCGAGCUCAAGAUUUGCUUUGAGGUCCUACUGGUAAGAAAUAUGGAAUCACUGUUGAUGACUUCAUCCGAGAAAGAGAUUCUUUUUCCAUACUAGACACAAAGAAACAAUUGAAGGAAUCAUGCUGAUGGCAGUUCUGCAUCUUUUCAUGUCAUUUGUUUUCUGAACCUACAAGACAAGUGGCUUGUGCUUUAAAGAAAAUGAUUUGCUCAUCGACAUUAUUUUUGGCAGUUUUCAUACAGUCUUUUUCCCCUUAAACUAUAUUGCCCUGUAUAUUUUAGCACAUACAAAAAUCUUACUCUUUUUUAAAAUAACUCUUUUUAAGCUUUCAAAAUAAAUAUUUAUGCAUCUUAUUUUUACUUGACAAAGUCCUCCCAAUUUCACAGCCUCAGGAAAGAUAUGAACUUGGAUACUUAUGUUCUCAUCAUAGACUACAGUGAAUUUAAGUGGGCGGGCCAAGACAUCAUCUGUUUUAUCAUCAGAAAUCUCACUUAAAUGUGUAAUUCUUAGCUUUCAUGCAAACAAAGUCACUUGGAAAUGGCGUGGGUAAAAUUCUUACGGAAACCUGGUGGCAAUCUUGGAAAAGUCUACCAUGGGAGCAUGGUAUCCCUCGCUCCUACCAUAGGCUUGUUCAAUGAACCAGGACAAAACAGCUGCUUCCUGAAUAGUGCUGUACAGGUUUUAUGGCAAUUGGAUAUAUUCCGACGAAGCUUGCGGGUUCUGACUGGACAUGUUUGUCAGGGAGAUGCUUGCAUAUUUUGUGCAUUGAAGACAAUAUUUGCACAGUUUCAGCACAGCCGAGAAAAAGCCCUUCCCUCCGAUAACAUCAGGCAUGCUCUUGCGGAAAGCUUCAAGGAUGAGCAGCGAUUUCAGCUUGGUCUGAUGGAUGAUGCCGCCGAAUGCUUUGAAAACAUAUUGGAGAGGAUUCAUUUUCACAUAGUGCCAAGCAGAGAUGCUGACAUGUGCACCUCUAAAUCUUGUAUCACGCACCAGAAGUUUGCUAUGACUCUGUAUGAGCAGCGUGUGUGUCGCAGCUGCGGUGCUUCGUCAGACCCUCUGCCCUUCACAGAGUUUGUGCGGUACAUUUCUACGACAGCCCUCUGCAAUGAAAUUGAAAGAAUGGUGGAAAGGCACGAACGUUUUAAACCUGAAAUGUUCGCGGAAUUGCUGCAGGCAGCAAAUACAGCCGAUGAUUUUAGGAAAUGUCCUAGUAACUGUGGCCAAUUUAUAAAAAUCCGCCGUGUUUUAAUGAAUUGCCCAGAGAUUGUUACGAUUGGUUUAGUCUGGGAUUCUGAGCAAUCAGACCUGACCGAAGAUGUUGUUCGGAAUCUAGCAACACACCUGUACCUGCCUGGGCUUUUUUAUAGGGUUACAGAUGAAAAUGCCACGAAUAGUGAACUUCACCUGGUUGGUAUAAUCUGCUAUGCCAGUCGACAUUAUUGUGCCUUUGCUUUUCAUACUAAGAGUUCCAAAUGGGUUUUUUUUGAUGAUGCAAAUGUGAAAGAGGUUGGAACUAAGUGGAAAGACGUGGUCUCCAAAUGCCUCCGAUGCCACUUCCAGCCCCUGCUGCUGUUCUACGCGAACCCAGACGGCACGGCGGUUUCCACUGAGGAUGCGCCCAGGCAGGUCAUCCCCUGGCCCCACUACAAAUCCGGUGCAGAAAACACAGGAUGUGAAAAAUCCUCAAUUUGUAAAUCAGAAAUUCCAAAAGAAAAUGGAUUUGGUGAGCAGGCAAAACAGAAAGAAAAUCAGAAAUUUCAAGCGGAUAAUACUUCCUCAUUCAAUCCGAGCCCCAUUCAAGCAAAUGGCAGUAGGGGACCAGUUAAAUUACGUCACAGUGAUCAAAGGGAAAAAAUGAAAGACAUUUCCAGAGAAUGUGCUCUGAAAGCCAUUGAGCAGAGAAACUUACUUUCUUCACAAAGGAAAGACCUGGAGCGGGGACAGAGGAAGGAUUUGGGCCGGCAUCGAGAUUUAGUUGAUGAAGAUGUUUCACAUUUCAAGUCUGGAUCACCCCCUGCUCCAAAUGGCUUUAGACAUUAUGCAAAUACACAGCUCUAUCCCAGUCAAGGGAAAGGACCAUGUAGACAUGACCGAGUUGCGCAGCAGCAUCUAGCUUCUACCCAGGUAUUGGGGUCAAGUAAAUCCCAGUGUCUUGCUCCAGGAGAGAAGCCAACUGGCAGAGUUAAGAGUCACAGUGGCACUGGCUACGACACAGACAGCAGCCAGGACUCUAGAGACAAAGGCAGCAGCUCUGCUGGCAGCAACAAAAGCCGGAACCGCAGUUGGAGACCCAUGAGAGAGACGUUAAAUGUUGACAGUAUCUUUAAUGAAAGUGAAAAAAAGCAGCAGAGUCCAAGACAUAAAUCAUCUAUUGGUAACAAAUCUAAAUGUAGUAAAGAUCAGAAUUUUAACAACGGGCCAAAAGAAAAUGCAAAGCCAAAGAGUUUAAUGACCAUCUAUGAAGAUGAAAUGAAGCAGGAGAUAGGGAGCAGGAGUUCUCUUGAAUCUAGUGGAAAAGGAGUGGAGAAAAGUAAAAGUCUCAAAGAAACUAAAGUUCCCGGUGAUAACUGGCAGCUGCAAAGGGCCGAGUCCGGCUACGAAAGCAGUGACCACGUCAGCAACGGGUCUGCCACCCUGGACUCGCCUGUUACCGACGGGAGCGGCGCGGUGACGGACGGCAGCGGCGUUAAAGACGCGGCGUCCGGCAGUGAUCAAGUUAAGACAAACAAUCUAAAUGUAGAACGUGGCAACUGUACUUCCCACCAGAGCAAAAACCACAUGGAAGGCUUGAGGAAAGAAGUUAAGAAUUCAGAAGUAGGCUAUAAAUUUCACGAGUCCCAGCCACAGCCACAUCUACAAGUAAAAAAUGCUUUGACUAAAAGGUCACAUAUAGGUGAGACCAAUGAAAAGUCAUUCCCUUCAUCCAGUUCACAAAUACUCAAGGACCACACAGCAAGAAGGCAGAACCACCAGACAGAUGAAUGGAAACUUGAAAAAUCAAGUGAAUCCAAGUUUUCUGAGUGGAUUAACACAGAAAAUUCUGAGAGAACAGGUUUACCUUUUCACAUUAAUGAUUCUUCUUCUGAAAAACGAGUCAACAAUCCUGAAAUAGUCUCUCAGUCUUCAUUAUGGUCUUCACACAUGAGGACGAAUGAGCUAAAGCCAGAAACUGCCCCUCUCAUCCAGCAGCAGAAUAUGAUGGAGCCGUGCUAUUCCGUGAACUCUCUACCCAGAGAGCAUUUCAUUCAGUCAACCUGUAAGGCUGAUGCUUGUCAGAUGCCAAAGCUUGCCUGCCAGAACCCACCACCUCCUCUGCCACCAAAGAAGUAUACUAUGACCAGUGUGCCACAAUCAGAAAAAAAGGAGCCUUCGCCCAAUGUCAGACUUCCAGAGAUGUUGAAGGCUAAGUCUUCAGUUCUUCCAAAGCACAGUUUAAUUACAGCUCCAGAACCAGAUUUAGAAGUGAAUAAUUAUGUGAAUGAUGAGAAACUGAAGGAAACAUUUCAAGUAAAAGAACAUGUUGGCAAAAUACCAUACUACACACCCAGCUCUUCGGCUAAUGAUAUUCAAGCCAAGUUGGGUGCAACUGUUGGUGAUCUCUGCCGAUCAAAAACAGACUCGAGUUCUUCUGGUCCAAAUGAGACAGUUGCAUUAACUACGUAUUUUUCAGUUGACAGCUGCAUGACUGAUACAUACAGAUUGAAAUACCAUCAGAGGCCCAAGCUCUGUUUUCCAGAGAGCAGUGGCUUGUCCUGAUCAUUCACUCUCAGAGUGAAAGAAGGGUAGGGCCUGUGUUACAUAUACACUUGGUUCUGCCCUUCUGAGCAAAGUUACAAACCUAGAGUAUCCACUGUAAUAGGUGAGUGUGAAAUCAGCAAGCUCGACCUUCUCGGAGGCCAUCAAAACAUUAUAGGAACCCACUGUCCCAACCUAGUGAUGCAUAAAAUUAAAAUGACGGCAAUUUUAAAGUCAUAACAUUACCUUUCUAUCUCUCUAUAUUUUUGUGUAAUGAUCAACCUAUUGGAUAUUUUAGAAAUUUCCUUUGAUUAGUCUGGGCAUGCCUGGAAAAAUAGGAAAUCUGGGGUAUGCAAAAAGUUAUGUACUCCUGGCUGCAGUUGAAUAAAAAGCCUUUUAUUGUAUGGCUUAGUAGACCCAGUAAGUAUUAAAAGUAACCAGCACUCACAUAUGUAGAUUGGCAGAUGAUGCUAAUUGAAGAAUAUCAGGGGACAUGUAGUUUGGGUAGUUAAGGCAGUAUUUGCUUAAUGAAACAGCACUUUCUAAUGGGUAACGAAGAGGGCUUCACCCAUUUUUUUCUUGACUUCUGUGAUAGUCUACUGCAUAUGCUUCCUUCAAGUGUCUUAUAAAAAUGUCAACCCAUGAAAUUGGUAACGUUCUGGAACAAGAAAGCCUUAAUGAUAAAGCAGGUUAAAACAGGAGAAAGUUAAUCUGCUCCUAGAUCUUUUAUAGUCAGAAUGCCUAGUUGUGAGAAAUUAGGCCAUUGACUGUUAUUUGUAUUGCUAAACAUUACUUCAGCCAUGUAAGCUAAAAAUAAGUGGAGGAUUAGGUUUAGUGUAUUUAUUUACCGUGUUACAUUUUUUUUCUAAUUUUCUAUGAAAUGUGAAAGAUUUUUAUUUUGCUUGGUUUGUGUUGGGCUAAUAACCAGAGUUAGCAGUUAACCUGGGGCUCUCUUACUGGGAAUGUCACUGUGACUGUCUAAAUUGCCCCUGCUAUAAUCUUACCUACUUAGGAGGUUAUGAGCCCAUUUUACUGAUUUUCAGAUUCUCAAAUGUCUGACUUUCUAUAGAGUUUAAUGACAUGUAGUCAUUUGAGCUUCCUUUUUCUAAACAAAUAGUAACUUUAACUCAAGUUUAACUCUCAUGGGGAAAUCUCUAUUGAAAUACAGAAAUUUUCCAAUUUGAUGACUACAUGAGUUAAAUUAGGUGUUCAUUUUGUUUUUUUAAAGGUGAUAAACUAAUUGUGGUUUUAUUACUUUUAUAUUGUUGACUCCAAGAAUUGGGAUUUAUAGAAUUAGUAUUUUACUUUAUAAGUCAUUAGUGGAUAGUUGCUUUAACUUAAUCAUGCUAUAAAUUAGUAAAUUUAUUAUCUUGACAAAAAUCCUUAAGUUCAGAUAUUCCAAAAUAUAAAUGAUUGAAUGAACCCUUCUAGAUCAAAAAUAAUUGAUUAAAAGUCUGAUAGUAACCUCACCCAAUUAUCAAAUCUUGGUCAACUUUCAUUUUCCACCUAGAGAAAUUUUUGCAUUUGCUCACUUAACAGUAUGUGGUUAUUACUUUAAUUCUCUUAGUUUAGAAAUACUUGAAUAUCAGUUUUCUUUUAAGAAAGCAUAUUUUUAACAUUUUUAAUGUAGAGGGUUUGUAUAUACUGUAAAGCUUGUAAAAUUGUAUUUUAAGUGUAACUGUAUUUAAUUACUGCUUUUGUAACAUGGUUAAUUAGAAAAAUGGUGUAUGCAAAAAAGGUGUACUACAGUUUUUUUUUGUUUUUGUUUUUGUUUUUUAAAGAAAAAUCUUUGGCCAAGAUGUCCAGAUAUAAAUGUAUUUUGAGACAAUUACACUAAUUUGUGGUAUUUUACAGCAAUAUGAUAGAUUUGUACUUUCAACUCACAGUGGAGUUGGAAACAUCAUGAAGAAAUGUCCACCGUGGGCUUUCAGUACUGCACAUUUGAAUCUUUUGCACUACUCUAAAAACUAGAAAGUGACCAUUUGUUUUUAUGUUGACAUAACACUCCAAGUACAGAUUGAAUAUAUUUACUAAUCAUUCACAUGUCAAAUUUUUGUUUUUAGGGUGCCUAUUUAUUUUUACAGAUGCUUUCAUUGUAAACUUAAUGACUUUUAAAAUAAUGCAGUCAAUUAUGUAAUAUACUAACUUCAGAAUGCUCUAUUUUCAUGUGAAAUCAGUUACUUCUGGUUCAAAAUUUUUUUAAGAUAAACUGAUGUUUAAGUUAUCACGGUUGGACUUUUCUUUGCACUCAUGAAAUGUGGAUCAAGUAUUUUAUGGGAAAUGUGAGCACAUUUAAAGUUCAGGUUAUUUAGGUGUGAUACUUAUUCUAACACUAAUCUCUUUUUACUAGAAAUUUGGGAAUAUUCAGUAGUUGUGAUACCUGGCUGAUUUUAGGCUCAGAAAGGUAGUAUAGAUA